GAGCCACCCUUUCCUUCCCAAACCCAAAAGCAAUCCCUCUCCUUUUCUCUCUCUUCUCGUCUUUGGGUCGUCUUCGAUUGUGAUUUUGAGGGUUCUCUCUCUUAGAGGCUGCGCUCGCCGACUUCUUUUGCCCACCCCCUAUACCUCAUCGUCCGAGAGAAAUUAGAGCUGAAUUGCACGAAGAUUGAAAUUCUGCUGGUAAUUGUGGUAAUAUGCUUUAUUUUAUCUUUUAAACCUCGUUUUGUUUUUGGAUCUGAGUUUGUUUUGGUUUUGGGUUUCGCGUUGUAAGUUCUUGGUUUGUUUCUAUUUUAAUAGAGAAGUUGGGGAAACUUUUAUGUCUUUGAUUUGGUGACUCUGGGUUAGGGUUUUAUAGUGUUGGCAUUGGGAUUUUAAAAAAAAUUGGGUGGAGUCAUCUUUUUAUAAGGAAAAAGAAAUAUGGCUGCUGGGAGGCACGGGGGAUAUCGCGAAAACGAGUUCAGGGACCGCGAUUCCAGCAGUGAAUUGUCAAGGAGGGAUUUUGCGAAUAUCAAGGAAGAGUAUGAUCGAAUUAGGAAUAGUAAUGGUAAUCUUGACAUGGAAAGGGGCCAUAUCCGGGAUGCAAGAGAUAGGGGUAGGGUUAGGCAGAAGGAUAUUAAAGAGAGGGAGGUAAUGAAUGGGGGGUAUCGAUCAGCUUCAAGUAGGAGUGAUUCGGGCAGUAGUAGUGGUGGUGUUCGUGGGCCCAAGCGAUGUGGGUUUGUGGCUAGGGCUGUGGAUAGGGAACCCGGUGAGUUGUCAAGUGAAUCUGAUGAUGCUAUUGAAUCUGAAUCGCAGAUUAAGGAUCCCAAUGAUUCUAAGGCAAUGGAUAAUGGGGUUCAGUCACCAGCUCCAGAGAGAAAGAGGAAGUUUUCACCUAUAAUAUGGGAUAGAGAUGACAAAGAAGUCAAUAAUUCAUCGAGAAGUAGGGUGUCCUCAACAGUGAAGGCCCUUCAUCGUCCCCUUUUACCCAAGGCACACCAUCAGUCACCUGAUGUUGUUCUCGAUGGGAGUGCACAAAUAUCUCCCGGUCAGAAUAGCAAGGAUGAGAAUUUGCUGCGAUAUUCAUCACCAAUUAAUCCCCCAUUGGCAUCUGAGUCUGUGGGGCAUGGUGCGCCUGAGUCUCCAGUAGGCUUGAUUUCUGGGACACCAAGCCAGCAGUGGGGUAAUGAUUUGGAAGCAGAGCAGCUAGAAAAUGAUGACUAUGUUCCAACACGGAACAUAUCCUCUUCAAGAUGGGCAGCUGGGAAUAACUCUCCAGUUGAUGAAGGUGAAAUUAUAGAUGAUGAGGGAGUACAUAAAAGGAGAAAGAAAAUGCCUUUGUCAGAUUCAUUGGAGGCCAAAGCACGUAACAAGUCAUUGAGUCCAGAGCUGGGGGAACUCAGAAGAGAAGACUCUGAAAGAUCUCGAGCAAAAUCAUCUGAUUCUGAUGAACUUGUCACCCGUGGAAGGUCUUUGAAUCAGGAUGAUUAUGCUGAUAAUGAUUCAGAGAAGGAUGACUCCAUGCAAAUUGAUGAGGAACACCAUAAGAAAUAUAGUAGUGCUAGCCAGUCAGAUACAGAUUCAGGGGAUGAAGAUGAUUCUUGUGGAACACCAGAACCUGCACCUACUCCACCAAGGAGCGUAAACAUGCUUCAGGGUUGUAGAAGUGUUGAUGAGUUUGAGAGACUUAACAGGAUUGAUGAAGGCACUUAUGGUGUUGUAUAUAGAGCAAGAGAUAAAAAGAGCGGGGACAUUGUGGCGUUGAAAAAGGUGAAAAUGGAGAAGGAAAAAGAAGGUUUUCCAUUGACUUCUCUGAGGGAAAUAAACAUUCUUCUUUCUCUUCAUCACCCCUCAAUUAUAGAUGUUAAAGAAGUGGUGGUGGGUAGUAGCCUCGAUAGUAUAUUUAUGGUGAUGGAGUACAUGGAACAUGAUCUUAAAGGACUCAUGGAGACAAUGAAACAGCCAUUUAGUCAGAGUGAAGUUAAAUGCCUAAUGCUCCAGCUUUUGGAGGGUGUUAAGUAUCUCCAUGAUAAUUGGGUGCUUCAUCGGGAUUUGAAGGCAUCAAAUUUGCUUUUGAAUAAUCGGGGUGAGUUGAAGAUUUGUGACUUUGGGUUGGCACGUCAAUAUGGGAGUCCAUUGAAACCAUAUACUCAUUUGGUGGUUACCCUUUGGUACAGGGCACCUGAACUUCUAUUGGGAGCAAAACAAUAUUCCACGGCAAUUGACAUGUGGUCGCUGGGUUGCAUCAUGGCUGAAUUCUUAUCAAAGGAACCGUUGUUUAAUGGGAAAACCGAGUUUGAUCAACUUGACAAGAUUUUUAGGAUUCUUGGCACACCAAAUGAGACAAUUUGGCCUGGGUUUUCCAAGCUGCCUGGGGUCAAGGUCAAUUUUGUCAAGCAUCAGUAUAAUCUAUUGCGGAAGAAAUUCCCUGCUACAUCAUUCACUGGAUCUCCCGUUCUCUCUGAUUCUGGAUUUGACUUGUUGAACAAACUUCUAACUUAUGACCCCGAAAAGCGAAUUACAGCUGAAGCUGCUCUUAAUCAUGAAUGGUUCAGUGAGGUACCUCUUCCCAAGUCCAAAGAGUUCAUGCCUACUUUCCCUGCUCAGCAUGCUCAAGACAGACGUGUGCGGAGAAUAAUGAAGAGUCCCGAUCCUCUGGAAGAGCAGCGUAGAAAGGAGUUGCAGCAGGGGCAUUUAGGGACUGGCGGUGUGCUUGGUUAAGUUAAUGAAUCUGCAGGGUGGCCUUGAUCUCCUUGCUUUUGUUUUGUUCAACGCUGACUAGUAACGUGGUUGAGGUGAGAAGACAUGCAUUGAAACGAAGUUACAAAAACUGUUUGUUGGGAGAUCAUUCGUGCUGUUUUUUAGCAGGCACUAUUCAGUGAUUUGGGUGGACACUCUUAUGGCUUCCUGUCAACCAGACUUAUUGCAGGUUAACUUUGUUCUCCAGCUUUGGUCAUCAUUGCUUGCAUUGCAAGGUGUGGCAUGACUGCCUUUCUUCUGAAAAAAGAAGUUUCAGCAGAAACUUGUGUAACAUAUUCUCUUUGCUACAUUGUAAACAUUUCUUUUGAAUUUUUUUGAAUAUUAUAAAAGUAUGGAAUUUCCCAGCUA